AUGGCCCCGAAGCAAGAUGUGUUCCACCUUCAUCCAUUCGGAUGGGAAAACGAUCCCGAACAAGAGACCUUUGCGUUGUCCACUUUGGAUUAUCUUUCAGCCAUGUCUUACAACAACUACGCGCUCUUCUUCAGGAUGGACGAUACCAUGAAGCCUCGGGCGGUAGAGAUUAUGAAAGAGGGUCUUGCGCGCACCAUCAGCCAGGCAAGGCAUCUGUGCUGUACGAUCGAGAAAGAUGGCACUGGAACAGGCUAUUCAUUUGUCAAGAAGAAGGAUAGCACUGUCCGUCUAUUUGUGCAAUGGCUAGACGCUCCUGAGGACGCCGACAAGUAUCCAUCCAUUGAUGACAUCGAAAAGGCAAACUUCAGCGCAGUGUCCCUAGGCGAUCUCAAGCUCUGGAGUGUCGAGCCAAUGACAUACGGCGAGAAGCCGGAAGCCAAGCCCAGUGCUAACCCUAUCGUAUCUGCUUUCAAGAUGAACUUUGUGAGAGGCGGAAUGGUCUUCAACAUGCAUCACCACCACUACUCUAAUGAUGCUAUGGGCUGGGUUGGCUACACGCGGCAGUUGGCUGAGAACUGCUUCGCCGCAUUCAACAAUAGCAUCUUUCCCACCUGGGAUCCCAAGAACCAGGAUCUUUCUCUUCUGAUAAAGAAAGAGCCUCUCGAGGAUCAAAAAGUGGAUGGACCCCCAGCACCGGAACGUCAUCCGGGCCAUGUCCAGGGUGUAGCCUUGCUGUUCCAUCUGCCUAAAAGCAAGGCGGCUGAGCUGAAGAAGCUAGCGUCUCCCACGGAUGGAACAUGGAUCUCUACUUAUGACGCUUUCACAGCCUUUAUAUGGCGUUCUAUUACGCGCGUCCGAGCUCCUGUAUUCAACCCUAACCCGGCCUCAAAGAUCUUCUUUUGUGAAGGGGUCGAUAUGCGACGACGUUUCCACAGUCCAGCGGUCCCUCCACGCAUUCGUGGCAAUGUGAUGUUUGCAGCUCUGUCUAUUACUGCCCCUGUGGAGCAGCCAACCGUGGCCGAGCUCAUUUCAGAGUGGCCCUUGUCUCGAGUGGCUCAGUACGUACGGCAGAUGACGGAGAGCGUCACUCAAGAUGGCGUGAACAAGACGCUAGAAAUGGUAGCAACUAUUCGUGACAAGACUUCUCUCAACAUCCGAAUAGACUCUUUGCCGCCCAUGUCAGUGCUCUUCACAGACCACCGUGAUGCUUAUAUGGCAUCCACCGACUUUGGCUUCGCUAAGCCUAUUACUCAUCGCCAUCUCACAGAUCGCAUUACUGAGGGUGUCAUUAUCGUUUACCCACCUCGUAGCCUCGAUCCAGAAUCAGACGAGGGCCCAGAGUUUUCUUUCUUUUAUGAGAAGAGGCUAGCGCAGACUUUGAUUGAAGAUCCCGAAUUUGGCAAGUAUUUUGAAUAUAGGGGUGUUGAUGCAGAGGAUGCUUCUGCUGAAGCCUCUAAUUAG